AUGUCAUUAUACCUUCUAUCAGCUAUCAAUCCCACAAAAAGGGUGAUAAAUCUGUUGCAUCGCAUUUUUGCGAAGUUCUUCUGGAGUGGAAACAGGGGAGAGAGAAGGAAACACUGGGUAGCGUGGGAAGACAUAUGUUUUCCAAAAAAAGAGGGUGGAGUAGGUUUUCGAACACUGCAUGGAGUAACAAAGGCAUUAUUUAGCAAGUUAUGGUGGAGAUUUAGAGUUUCAACUGAUUCAUUGUGGAUCACAUAUAUGUGGAAUAAAUAUUGCAAGAAACAACAUCCAGUUAUAGCUGGGGCGAGAGGUGCUUCACAUGUAUGGAAAAAGAUUAUGGAGAUGAGGAAAGAGGUAGAACAGGAGAUAGGGUGGCAAAUUAAAUCUGGAAACUCUAGUUUUUGGUACGAUAAUUGGACAAGAAAAGGAGCGUUGUAUCUAACUAAUGAGGAAGAUAUAGAGGUACAAAUGUGUAUCAACAAUGGAGAAUGGGAUAAAGAGAAGCUAUGUGAGUUGGUGUCAGAAGAGGUAGUGGUUCAAAUAAUCAAGAAUAUAAAGUUGAAUGUGAGGCAAGAUGAAGUUGGUCAGCCAUGGUGGAUGCUUAAUACUAGUGGAAUUUUUUCGGUCAAGUCUGCUUUUGAAAUAGUAAGGGAUCGAAAACCUCAACAAGACUGGUUGGAGAACAUUUGGCUGCAAGAAAUUCCAUUCAAAAUCAUUUUUUUUCCUAUAGAGGGUCGCAAAUGGGAGAAUUGCAACGGAGGACAAUCUAAGAAAUAUGAGGGUAUCGCUAGCUUCAAGAUGCUACUGUUGUGA